UCUCCAAUUUCAACAUUUCAAACACCCAAAUCUACUCCACAUAAGCUUAAAAUUAUACAAUCAGAAAACGAAAAUCGAAAAACACCCUUAUUCAAGGCAAGCUUUUUACUAAGGUCAAGAUUAAAAUUAAAAUUAAAAUUUAUUUUAAUUUGUAUUACAAAACUAAACACAUAUGUUGUUUGUCGUGCGAUUACAUCGGAUGAGUUGUUAUGCUGCUCACUGUUGGGCUUUACCGUGGUCAAUGUCCAUCAAUUCCAUAAUAUAUAUUUGGCCCAAAAUCCAAUGGGCGACAGAGCGGCCAUGAAAUCGACUGCUGUACACAACAGUUUCGUGAUUGGUAGUUUCACCAAAUCCCUCAUAAGAAUUUUUAUCGAUGCCGUGCAAGUUAAACCUAUCUGGGUUGUAAGCAUUUUCUCUUUUAAGGUUUGAAUCUUUUGUUUUCUGUAGGAUUUGGUUAUUUGGGUUUCUGGGGUAAGUGAUCAGUGAGGAAUUUGUCAUUAGUUUUGUUGUCGAAUGGAUGAAUUAGUUGGACCUCGCUUGUACAGCUGCUAUAAAUGUCGAAACAAUGUCUCUCUUCACGAUGAUAUAAUCUCUAAGGCGUUUCAGGGAAGGCAUGGCAGAGCUUUUCUGUUUACUCAUGUGAUGAAUAUUGUCGUUGGGGCUAAAGAAGACAGAACUCUCAUGACUGGUCUUCAUACUGUUGCUGAUGUACUCUGUGGGGAUUGCAAUGAGGUUUUGGGCUGGAAAUAUGAACGAGCUUAUGAGCCAACUCAGAAGUACAAGGAAGGGAAAUUCAUACUCGAGAAAUCUAAAAUCGUUAAAGAGAAUUGGUAGUCCACCACCAAUUUCAUUAUGAUUCUUUAUCUUAAUACUCAAUGUAAGUAAUGUUUAUCCUAUCUAUAAUAUCACUCACACUGUACAGAACAUGCUGAACUGAAAAAUUACAAAUGUUCAAUUGAAGUUUUGUA